UGGCAAGCGUAACAGGUGUUUUUCUCUGUAUGGUAUAAUAUCGGUACUACUGGUAGCAGGCUUGGAUGAUCUCCCAGUAUUUGUGUCAGACUGCAAUGACAAACAUUUGAAAUAUUCCUUCUGCUUUUGGAGUUUCUGUGAGGAAAUGGGAGGGUGAAACGGAUAGAAACGAGAAGAUUGGGCUGUACAGUGCCGUGAUAUGAUGAUGGCGGCCCCUUUGGUACGAUGAGUACAAACCUGAGUCUGAUGAAUCCAGGUACCUCCCUAAACUUUGACGGACAGGUGCUGCAGAAUGCUCAGGAGGAGGAAUACCGACAGGAGGAGGAACAGCAGCACAAUGAGUUGAAGCAGCUGCUGACAAAUGCGUUUGAUGACUUGAUUGACGAUGAUGAGUUCUCCAUCACAUCAGAUGAAGGUGGUCCGUCGACGAAUGCCAGCCUCCAUCUUGGCACCAAGAAUGAAAGCCCUGGAGAUGGAGCCGAGUCGGAGAACGGCCCUUUCCUGGAUGCGAGGGGUCAGUGGACCCCUGUUGCAUACCAAGGUCUGCCUGCCACCGCCCCUGUUCAUCCCUCCCCAGUCCCUGGCCACCAUCUACGAGGCCUCGUCUGUAAGGAGCUCCCAGGAAAAUCCACUUCGAAGCUCCCAGGAGAUGUCUGUCCGUGGCUCACAGGACCUCCUUCGGAGCUCGCAGGAAGACUUCUCUGUAAGAAACUCACGAGGGAUCAGCCUCUACGAAGCUCACAAGAGUAUAGGGAGCAGGCUUUGAGGAGCUCACAGGAGUAUAGGGAACAAGCUUUGAGGAGCUCACAGGAGUACAGCAACAGGGACCAAGCAUUGAGGAGCUCACAGGAGUACAGGGACCAGGCCCUACGGGGGUCACAGGAUUACCAACAGGGCUUCCAAGAUUACAUCCAAGCAGGAGCCAGUGCUGGUGAAGAGUUCCAAAGUGAUGGAUACCAUAGCAACAGUGAACAAGAAAGUGCUACACCUAGUUAUAACAUAAAUCCUCAGGCUUUUGAUUGGAUAAGCCAGGCAACACAGGACAGUCAUGUGGUCCAGCCACAGCCAAUGGGAAUGCAGGGUGGAUAUGGGGGUUACCAGAGUGGGGUAAUGGACGACCAUGUCCCGACUAGGUACCCUGACCUUCCAAUACGACAGGAGACCGAGGGUGGAAAUAAUACAGGGAUCUCCAAAGACCGCCAGACGUACCUCCAGAACCAGCCCCCAGGUAUGUACAGCGACACGUACACGGAGGACCAGCCAAGAGGAGGAGGCUUUCAGCCAUACCCAAGUUUACCUCAUUCCCAAGGUUUCCAGUCUGCAGAGGUCCCACCUCAUUCUCAAGGGUACCAGGCAGCAGGGGUCACACAGGACUUCUAUGGCCAAUCAGCUGUCAGUGACGACAGAAACUAUCGCACUAACAGUGCUGACCCCUAUGUAACCCAUGACGAGGGACAAAGUCACGACCCGUAUGGGUCAUAUGACCAAAGUGGAGGUCCUGGAAAGUUACAUGGGUCUAAAGAAUACCAGGAGGACUACAGAGUACAAUACCAGAGAAGGCAUGGUCCAUCUGGGGAGGGGAGAGAGGAAGACACAGGGUCCCCCAGACGAGAGAAACCUAAGGCCCUCGAGGAAAAGUCUGAGGAGACUGCAGGCUUGGACCCACGGCAGUACUCCCAGUUACAGGUGCUGUACAAGGCGCGGGGACGUAAGCUGGAGGAAAUUACCAACGAGUACGAAAUUCUCAAACAGGAGACGGGACGGGAGAUACGCAUACUCAAACAUCAAGUGUCAGUGGCGAAAGGUGAACAGGAGGCAGCAACAACCAGCCUGAAGCAGGUCCAGGAUCUACUAAGGGAGAGUAAGGGAGAUAACUCCCAACUCCUGGGCCGUAAUAAAGCCAUAGAGACAGAAAUCGAUGUCAUCAAAAAAAGCAAGGAUGAGGUGCUGAGGAAGCUACACGUGGCCGAGUCUAACAUUGAGAGUCUAAAUCAGCAGCUUCUUGACCUUGGCAACAGUGAAAGUCUCGCCCGUGCACGCCAUGACCACGAGGUUGUCAUAGCAGGCAUACAGCGUAAACACCAGCAAGAGGUCAAGGUCGCCAACGAGAAAAUUCAGGAGCUGAACACCCGUAUCUCUGAUCUGAGUGGCGAGAACAAGACAUUGCGCAAGAAAUUGGAGGAAAGCUACCAGACAGCAGAGAAGGCACAGAUCUCUCGUGCCGAGACCAUCAACCGACUGACUCGUAGUCUGGAGGACUCGCAGAAACAGUGUCAAACUCUGCUGGAGUCAACGUCGUCACAUGAACUAAGUCAGAUAAAGAUCCAGCUGCAGCAGACGAUUGCCUCCAGGAAAAUCGCUGACGACAUGUGUCACACCUAUCAGGAGGAAAUCCAGGACCUAAAAGAACAGCUCUCCAUGUUCGAGUCGGCAUCAGGGCUGGGUGUGUUGACAUCUGGUCAAUCAACCUCUGAUGGGAGGCGGGCCAUGCAUGACGACUCCCUCCUUGACCUUGGUAUCAAGAAAACUUUGGACUUUGACACCCCAGAAUCUGUGUCAAGUUCUGGUGUGAAGGGCCGUUUUGAUGGCUCCGCCUCUGAUGACAUGGUGACAAGUCUGAAAGCGGAGCUAGAACGCUGUCUCCUUAGCAACAAGCAGAAACGCCAACAGGUGGCUCAGAUACAGGAGGAGCUGCGCGCAGCCAAGAAGGAAAUCGGUGAGCUGAAACAAAGAUGUGAGCGAGCCGAACUCUCCUCCGAGGACUACAAGAAACGUGUGGAUGAGUGGGAGGAGCUAACUAAGUCAGGUGACAGGAAGAGUGCUGUUGAGGGACGACUGAAGAAGGAUAUCGACAACCUACAGCGAGAGAAGACAAUUCUACUGGAGGAUAUAGAGGACCUGAAGAAGAGGCUGGAGGAAGUCGGAAGUAGCGAGGAAAAGUUAACAGAGAUGAAUAGAGAACUCAACCAGCAGAUUUCCCAGAUGGUACAGGACUUCGAUAACGAUAAACGCGACGCUCUGGACAGGUGUCAGCGCACACUGGAAUCUGUACAUGAGGUGGCCAAGUCUCAGCUCCGACAGGAAAUGGAGGCAAAGUUUGCUGAGGACCAGGCCAGUCUAGUCAAUAAAUAUGAGGAGGACAGUAAAAAUCUCAGGAACGACCUUGACUCGACCUUACGUGAGCUGGAUGAGGUGAAGGAGAUGUAUGUACGCGUGUGUACGCAGAAGGACAACCUGGAACAGGAAGUGCGUGCUCAGACUGAGGCUGACAUGACGCGCAAACUAGAACAGAUCAAGUCAGAGCUACAAAAAGAGAAGAAAGAGGAGAUGGAACGAGUGAGAGAGGAGGGGUCUGAACGCGAGACGAGUAUAAAGGAACAAGUGAAGAAGGAAUUUGACGAGGAAACGCGCCGUACAGUUGAUACCAAGGUUGCCCUAGCUAAGGUGGCCUGGUUUGAGGAGCAGAGAAGUGCCAAACAAACUGCCGUGGAGAAAGCUGUGAAGCUUACGGAGACGGAGUGGAAAAUCAAGUUAGAGAAUUCUGUACAGGCAGAGGUUGCCUCUCGCAUGCAACAAGCAAAGGAAGAUUGGUCAGCACAACGCCGUUUGUCUUUUGAGAGUGAACUCAAAAAACAGCUGCAAACAGAGCGGGAGGCUCUGGAAUCGAAGCUUGCUGCGGAAUACACAAAACGUCUGGAAACAGAACGGGCCAAGUGGCUCGAGGACAACCAAUCAGAGAUGAGGCGGUCAAUGGAGCGUGAGAAAUCGCGGGCAAAGACAAAAACAGAGCUUGAUGUGGAGACAGCUGUGAAAAAGGAAUCGGAGAAGUGGAAAAAGAAAAUGGACGAUGAAGUUAAAAAGAAAGUAGAUGAACAAUUGUUGAAAAGAGUUGAGGACGAAAUGGUAAAGAAAGUUGAUGAACUAAAGACAAAGAUGGACAAAGAGGUAGAAGAGAGGGUAGAAAAUGGGGUCAAGUUAAAGUUAGAGGAGGUCAAGGUCGGACUGAAGGAGGAAAUCAAAGCUACACUAGAGGAAGAGGUCAAGGUCAGGUUAGAAGAAGAGGUCAAGGUUAAGCUGGAGGAUGCAAGGAAAGACUGGGAGGAAAACUAUGAGCAAGAGACACAGAAAAAAAUUCACAACGAGAAAGAGAAAUGGAACCGAAGAAAAAGUAACGAGAUCCAGGAGAGAUUGGAGGAGGAGAGACUGUCUCUACAAGGGGAACAAGAGAAGCACCUGAGGGAGAAACUUGAUAAGGAACGAACAAAAUGGGAGAGUACUUAUGAGGAACGAGUCACGGAGGAGAAAGGCAAGUGGGAAAAUACUUACCAGGAACUAGUCAUGGAGGAGAAAGUCAAAUGGACGAAGGAACAGGAACAGUCAAAUAAACGGGUACUGGAGCAGGCCAAACAGGCCUGGGAGGAAUCACAUGAGCUGAGUGUGCAAAAGAUACAGGAGUCCAUGGAGGAACAGAUACAGGGGAGGAUUUCUGCUGAGGUGUCUCUGGCUAUAGAGGAGGCCCGCACAGACUGGAGUCGGGAGAAGGAUCUCGAGGUGACGGCAAAUAUUACCUCCUCCGAACUCUCCAAUAGUGUUCUAAAAGAGGAGAUGGAGGUGCACAAGUCCCAGAUUGCUCGACUCCAGCAAGAGAUGAAGCAAAAAGAGGAGACCUGGCAGUCGGACCGAGCUGAACUGACUCGCCUUAAAGAUGGUGAACGAAAGAGGGCUAUGGAGGAGAUUCAGGACCAGUGUGAAAGAGAUUACAAAAAUUUUACAGCUGAACACCAUGAUACUCUAACACAGGCACUGAGAGCUGCCCGCGAACAACACACACGGGAAAAGACUGAUCUUGAGCGGCGUUACUUAGAGGAGAUAGAAUCUCUGAAGCUGAAGGAAUCACGUUUACAGGAAAAUCUACAGAGUCUGGGGAUGGAGGAGCCCACAUACCAACGAGCUAUGGAAAAAGAAUGUGACAUGUUUGAAAAGGAAAAAUGGCGGCUACAACAGGAAGUGCAGGAGAGAGAUGCAUUGUUGGAAAAAGCUGAUUUUCAUCUAUCUCAGGAAGUAGACAAAUUGCGUGCAGAGCUUGAGUCUGCAUACCAGCGGAGGUUGGAAGCGGAGACUGCCAGUCUGAAACAAAAGUUUGACCUGGAGUCGAAUCGUCCAGAGCAACGGGAGAAAGUGGUGGAUAAAACAGCUGUGUUAGAAACAGAAAUCAAAAAGCUUAAAGACGAAAAUAAUAGAAUCUGUAAAGAAAACCAAAACCUUGUCUUAGAACUAGAAACCUUAAAAAAUGAAAAUCAAAAGAAAUUAGUAGAAUUACAGGCGCUUAAAACUGAAAAAGAAAUCAGUAAUGAAGAAAAUAAGAAUGUAAAGGUCGAAGUUCAAAAGGUCAAGGCUCAAAUGUUUGAAGAAACCAAGCGGUAUGUGAAAGAAGUACAGGAUCUGAAUGCAAAGAUGGCUGAACAGUCUCAAGUACUGAGUGAAUUUCAGGCUCACAAGGAGGAACUGGCCUCGGCCAAGGUUGUGUGUCAGACACUGGUGAGUAAAAAUGAGUCGCUCCUGGAGGAGAGACAGUCUCUCAUGGAGGAGAGAGAAAAAAUUCUUGUUGAACUUGACAGUGUAAAAAGUGAGAACACCGACCUAAGUAAGCUAAAGUUUGAGAUUGAAAAGCUUCACAUUGAGGCUGAAGUGUUCACUAAGCUUCGCGCUGAAGUAGAACGUCUGGAGACUGAGAAUGAACAGAUUAGCCAUCUCAGGGCAAACGUGAAGCAACUUGAGGCUGAAAAUGCAGGUAUGAACAAGCUGAGGGCAAAGGUGGCUAGACUGGAAGCAGAGACGGACACAAUCAGCCAUCUUAAAGUAGAAGUGGCCCGACUCCAGGCAGAGAACACUAAUAUCACAGCCUUGAAGGCCGAGAUGGAUCGACUUCAGACCGAGGUUGAGGAAGUUAGUAAACUCAGGGCAGAAAUCCAAAGGUUAGAAAAGGAAAACCAAGGCCUGGCUGGUCUGGAGGCUGAGAUAGGACGACUGACCUCCGAGGUGGAGAAUGUUGGUAAGCUGAGGUCAGAGGUCGAAAGGUUACAGUUGGAGAUGACAAGGCACCAGGACAAGGUCACAAAGGUCGAAGGUGAGAAAAGUCGUCUGGUGGAGAAUAUCCGGGACAUGGAAUCAGCAUAUCGCCGAGACAUGGUCAGUCAAAAACAGCGACAAGAGGACACUACCAACAGACUGAGGCAGGCAGAAAAACACCUGGUGGACGCCAAACAGCACUACAGGUCUCAGAUUGAAAAGCUGAAGAAGUCCUUAGAGACAGAGAAUAACAUGGCUAUGGAGACGAUGAAAAACAAAAUGGUUGAGAUGCAGAAGGCACAUCUGGUAGCUCUGGACACGAUGAAGAAACAGUUCAGGUCAGACAUGGAGGGCAUGCGAGACAGGGUGAAGGACCAACGAGCUCAGAAGGACCUCAACUCCAUAGAAGUACAGACUGACUCGGAGGAUGACGAGCAGGGAGUGAUGGAAUUGCGGGAGCAGUAUCUGGAUACCGUCAAUAAGAUAAAAGAUGACGUAAUGCGACACAUCACGGAGACCAACAUGCGAGCAGCUGAAACAGUCAGGUGUGAGAUGGCUCAGGAACGCAACACCACACUUACCGAACUUAAGCGCAUUUACAUGGAAAAUGUUCGCAAAAUUCUUCAAAAUGAAAUCAUGGGUGCCAAUAUUGAAGCCAAGCUAGCUGAUAUUGAACAGGCUUUGGAUGUUAUCUCCUUUGAUAAACCACUGUCAAGGUCAGUGAGUCCAGGUUCAUCAAGGUCAUCCACACCUACCCCAACAAGAGAGGUUGAGGGUUCACGCAUCAUUGAGUCAAAGGGGUCAGGGGUCAGUAAUGGUGUGUAUGGGGGACCGGAACAAAAAAGGAAUCCGAGGAAUGUGCAGGUGGAUCGUUACAAUGGCUACAGUCCAUCAAGCACGAAUUCUGAGGAAUUGUAUGGCAGCCAGCGUGGGGACAGUCGCAACAACCGAACACCAACUGAACGAAGUGAACACCCAUCAGAACGUCCUCAUAACGGCCGGUCUUCACAACGUCCUCAGAGUGGUCGCACCACAGACCACCACAGCAACGGUUCUAUGCUUCCUCCUAAAACCAGGGUGCCUCGCCAGGCCAAGGAAGUGAAGUUUAGUCGGUCGGUGGAGGAACGUCACAAUCGCACUAAAAGUUUACCAGGGUCACGUUUAAACAGUAAAGACAAGCUUGUUAGCUUCCGUACUGUCUCGCCCAUAUCCUCCAGCGAUAACUCCGAUCCAGAGACAUUCAUCACGACACGUCGUCGACACAAUGACCAUAGUGACCACCAUAAAAAAUUGCCGAGCAGAUUUUUAUCUCCAUCCAACGAACCCAGACUGUCAUCGUCAUCCAACUCCUCUUUUGUGGCUGUUGAUCCGCGUCCCCAGAAUGCAUCUCUUCACGGUGCUCUAUUCCCUGUAUAAGACAGUCUCUGAGCCAGAACUAGGUACAGACCAGCCGCGGACAGACUACCGUUUCAGUAACUAUAAAUACACAUCCCUCAGAGAUGGCCUCGCUAAGUUCCGCUCCCCGUCCCCCACCAAAGACAGCACUAGUGUGUCACAUGACGACCUGCGAGUUUAUAACGAUCCGGAGCUGGACGCAUUGGAUCGUAAGUCUUACAGUAUUGAUGUUGGUCUGAACACGUUAGGUCUGGACCGGACAUCACCUCGCAAGUUUAAUCCCUCUCCGGAACGCCUCAACAACAGCAACCGCGAUGCUGGCGAGUCUCCGGUAGGCACACCAAGGAGAGGUCAAAAGGUCGCAGAAAAGAGGUCACAAAGUUCAGGUCCACGAAGUCGAGAGGUCACUAAAUCUGCACCCUGGGAUAUUGAAAAGCGUUACUAUAGUUACCGGUACCAACAGCCUGUGAAAAACCUAGUGGAGAAGUACCAAGGCUUGAAUCUGAAAAACUAGACUUUGUCAGGACUUCAGUGGGAAGAAAAACAAUUUUAAGUUUUUAUGUACAGAACUUAAGAUCUGUUUUGUACAUCAACGUCUUCCUGAUUUGAUUCAGCAUUACAUGUUCUAGUUAUCAGCCAGUUGAUAUUCAGUAGGUUAUUCGUUAGCUAAGAUUGAAUUAACAUUUUGACAAACACAUCAGUACAAAAUAGCAUUGCAGGGCUAUUUCUGAGAGCUUUUUUGGGGGCUGAUAAUGGGCCCUGUUACCAAUAGAAAUUACGUUAUUUUUAAGUCAAUUUUCAAAAACUUUUUACUGUUUGCUUCAGGAUCCAAGCCAAUCUAGUUUCCUCUGAAAAUGAGACAAUUAAAUGGCCUCUCCCAAACCAAAGAAGAAAGCCCUGCAUUGUAAGGUGUCAGAUUUUUUAGUUGUCGGAAGAAAUAGCUGAGUAGUCAUACAAAUAAGUUCGAAUCUUAAGUUUUAAUGAAUGUCUGCUACAACCCUCCAUCUAAACAUGGAAAAACAUUAGAUAUACAAAAGUCCACGAUAGAGGGAAGGUCGUGUGUAUGACAAAAAUCUGUUGCGAUAGAAUUGAGCGAGACGGUGUAAAUAGAAAAAAUUAUCUGUGAUAUAUACAUAGUAGUUUCUGAAGACCAGGACUUAUAUUUUCAUCUCUGAUACAUAGUCAGAAUUUAACUUUCCAUUUUCCUUUUCAUACUUAUAAAUGCUUGUAGAAUUAAAACACUUGAUCAUUUCUCACUGGUGUGUUCACCCUUUUCCAUUUUAGAACUUUUCUGGUGGCUUUGUCCUCGAGAAGAGGAAAAUGAAGUUUUGAGAAAUAGUCUUCGUGUGUUUAGUUGGCCAUGGUUAUAGGAUAUAGGUAAUUACUUCUAUCUACUUACUUUAAAGCCCUGUGUCUUCCCUACGCUUUAGGUUGUCUAGUAACAUCUGUGUUUCCAGUCAGUCAACACUUCAGUGUUGAUUUUGUUGACUUUCGUUAUAACAUCACAAAAAUUGGAUCAUACAGAAUAGAAUUCUCAUCUAGAUAUUCACACGAGUUAAUAUUUAGAUUAAAAUUAAAUUGUUGAAUUACUUAAGAAUCAGAUAGGAGGCAGCUACUGCAGGUUAAGGAUGGAUACAUCAACCCUAAACCGGUAUUUUGGUAUAACAGUACAUGUAUUCUACUAUUAAUAUUCGAUCUAUUCAGUCCACUUAGAUGAUAAAAUUUUUCACUCUUACCUCAGAAAUAUUCAUUUAGAUUUGUUUUUUACGAUUACAUGCAAACUGGGUCAUUUGUAAGUUAUCUAAUUUCUUGCAAUUUUCUUUUUCUUUUUUUUUUCAAAAAUGAUCAAUUUGUAUGAUGUUUUACUACAACACUGUAACACGGGUUUGCAGUCUUGCCUUACAAAUUAAAUGAGGUGUGUAGUAAAAAUUGUAGGUACCUUUUUAUACCGUGUUAAUAUCAUGUCAAAUGGUGCAGCAUUUAUAUAUACAUUGUGUGUAUAACACUGGUGCAGAAAUUAAUACUUCAAGGGAGGUAACUCCUAUCCCAAUGGUGUGUCAUUACUCAAGUUGUCUCCCCUGAAUGUUACUGUAGAAUUCUUGUUUAGUGUUAGUAUGGCGGGAGUGAACACGGUACAUUAGUGUGAAGUUUUACAGGAAUUACAGCAGUUACAGGAUUAGGGAAAGACACAUACCUGGUAUGUUGUCUGUAUCAUAACUCGCAAUGAUAGAAUAUUUCAUUAUUUCUUUGCUAUUACGACACUGUUGAGUCAACAGAGAAACUUACUUUUGUUAUUUUGACAGAACAGGAAUACAAGAGAAUGAUUUUACGCACACUGCUGAGAAAUCCCUAAAAGUAUCAUGUAAUACGAAUGUAAAACCUUAGAUUUGUGGUAAAAAAUAUUUUUACUGAAGACUGGAGUUAAGUCUUAACCUUCAACAAGUCAGCUAGGCUUGUUGUCUGUGCCAGUUUUCACACUCUCCAUAAAAUUCAUCAAUCCUGUACAUACAGACCCUGAUACAAACAGAAAAGAGACAACAUUAUAUAAGCCUGCUGCCUGUAAUAACAAGCCUUG